AUGGGGAGUAUAACUUUAUUGAUAAGUAAGCAUAAUGUUAAAAUUAGGAGAAUCAAGGCUUGUUUCAAACAUACAAGUCUAGCAAUAGUUGAUCAUCAUGCUGGACUUUUUACUUUAAAAGUUUUUAAGAAUCAAUAUGUGAUAGAAUUUCUCUUACCUACUGGUGAAUGCUAUAGAGAAUGUGAACGAUUUGCAAAAAGAAUUGUUAAUAAUAUGAAUGACAUCCCAACUUGGUUAAUUGGGAUGAGCCCUAAUAAUACUGAUGAGCCACAGUUAUCAAAGGAAACUAUAGUUCGAUUUUUACUUGCUUCUGAUCUAGUAUGGAGUCCAAGCCUUUAUAAAAUUCAGAAAAUUGUUGUUGGAAAAAAUUCACCAAUACCUGUAUUAUAUUAUUUAGAUGAAACAGGUCCUCAAUGUCCUUUUGUAAGAGAAAAAUUAAUAUAUAUUAAAGAAAAACCUAUAUUACCUUCCAGGUAG